UUUUAUAACUUUAAGUGCUGGAAAGUGUUUUAGGCGUUGCGUGGGUACCUACAGAGCUAAAUACUGAGCUUGUCUUUUGAAUGGGCUUUUGUCAGAUACGCUGUUCAGUUUUCAGGUGAGUGAUGAAUGAUGAUGUCUAUAAAGGCGAAGCAGUGUGGGAUUAAGUUUGAUCCUCCUUCAAUUAUCCUCAUAUAUGAAAAUGGAGAAAGAAGAAACAUCCGUAAAAGAGUAAUACCAGUGAGGAACUUCUCUCAGUACUCAGACUGCAGCAGGGCUGCAGAGAGACUGAAGCACCACGUCCGCCAUAGUCUAUACCUGGAAUCUGUGCCUCUGGCACAGCUGGAGAGACUACACACGGUUCUCCGUGACCACCUUCGGGGUCUCACCGUAGAGGAGAGUCUGGCUGCACAGCGGGGCCCUGACUCACACGAAGAAGACCUCAACAAGCUCAGCGAUGAAGAGCUGAACCGCAGGAAGGCCCAGAUGGACGUGCUGUUUGAGCGCAACCGCCGCCAUAAGGACGACCCAGACUUUGUGUAUGACCUUGAGGUGGAGUUUCCUGAACACAGUGUACGAGAAACUUGCAGCUGGGAUGAAGACCAAUCAGAUAAUGGGUUUUAGCAGACCAUAGAUUUGUUCGUCAGACUUAGAAAAAGGCUCCAUCUUGCCAUUGUAUAUAGACUCUACAUAAACAACAGACUCAUAGUCUUUUGCUCUCCUUUAGUAAUGUUUCAUGACAUCUCCCAACACAAAUGACCAUCACAAUCAGCAUCCUUCAGUGAGAAAUGACUCCAGACACCUCAUCAGCCCACUGAGACAUCACUUAAAAUUCUGAGAUGUGCUAUUUUGAUGUGAUUCCCAAGUUUGACUAACAACAAGUACAAACCUAGAAUCCAGGGCCCAUAUUUAUCAAGCAUGUCAGAGUAACGACACUGAUCUAAGAUGAGGGCACAUCAAUCUACUCCUAUCCAGGGCUAUGAAAAAGGCAUAAAGUGAGCCCAAAUGAGCAAUUUUACUCUGAGAGUUUUAAUAAAUAUGGGCCCAGAGGAGUGUUUUACAAAGCAGAAGAGAGAAUGUCCCAUAACUCUUGGACAGGCUUAAUUUUUUUACUUCAAGGUGCAUUCCAGCCUAAACUAGCAUUUAGUAUGUUAUUUAUCACGUUAUGUAAUAUUCUGUAGUACAGCUGUGCAUCCCUCAGCCUCAUCAGUUGGACAGAAUUCACAAUUUUUUGUCUUUAUGUGCUUUAAUUCAUUAACAUUCUCGCAACACCCAGCAUAUAUUUUGCAAAUAUGACAUACAACCAUUGAAAAUCCCUGCAGCGCUCAACCAAUCCUAGCUGCUAGCCUGGCCUCUGUACAGGCUAUUAAGUACAGAUCUACAGUUGUAUUUUUUUUAGGUUCCUCCCACCUUCAAGAAACAUCAUCAGAAGGGGUUUUAUAGUCUUUAAACCAAAAAAUCUUGCUUUAGAGACUAUCACUGCACCACUGUACACUCUCAGAAAUAAAGGUAUGAAACUGUCACUGGGGUGGGACCCUCAAGGGUACAUCUCAGUACCUUUAGUCAGGGAACAUAAUUGUAGCAUAAUCCAAUAAAUUAUAUUCUCUAAACUAUACUGACUCCACAC